GGAGGGGAAGGAAGGAGGGUAAAGAGAAGAGAGAAAAAAAGGAGGUGGCUGGAGGAGGAGACACCAGGAGGAAAAGGUGUCAGAUAAAGGAGGGUUUUUCUCUGGUUUUAAGGCAUCAUGGCCGCUAAGUCAGACGGGAGGCUGAAAAUGAAGAAGAGCAGCGACGUGGCGUUCACCCCGCUGCAGAAUUCGGACCACUCGGGCUCGGUGCAGGGAUUGGCUCCGGGUUUGCCGUCGGGGUCUGGAGCUGAGGACGAGGAGGCAGCCGGUGGUGGCUGCUGUACGGACGGUGGUGGUGGUGGUGGCUGCUCCCGGUGCUGCUGCUGCGGCGGCGGCAGCAGUAGUUCGGGCGGCGGCUCGGGGGUCUCUGGCGGCGGCGGCGGUGGGGGGGGCUCCUCCUCGUUGUGCCUGCGUCUAGGCAGGGAGCAGCAACGCUACUCGCUGUGGGACUGCCUCUGGAUCCUAGCCGCUGUGACUGUGUACUUCGCGGAUGUGGGUACAGACAUCUGGCUGGCAGUGGACUACUACCUGAGGGGCCAGCGGUGGUGGUUUGGACUCACUCUCUUCUUCGUGGUGCUGGGUUCCCUCUCUGUGCAGGUUUUCAGCUUUCGCUGGUUCGUGCACGAUUUCAGUACCGAGGACAGCUCCACGAGCACCUCAGCAGCGGCGGCAGCCACUGGUCCCUCUUCUUCUAGCUGCCCACAGCCUGCAGCUGACUGCAAGACGGUGGUCAGCGGUGGGUCUGCAGUUGGAGAAGGAGAUGCUCGUCCUUCAACACCGCAAAGGCAAGCUUCAAAUGCCAGCAAGAGCUAUACCACCACCAACAGCAGCAACAGCAGCAGUGUCACCCGGGCCAGCGGCAAGAACAGGUCUGCGUCCUGUUCAUUCUGCAUCUGGCUCCUGCAGUCACUCAUCCACAUCUUGCAGCUCGGGCAAAUCUGGAGAUAUUUCCACACCAUAUACUUAGGUAUCCGAAGCCGCCGGAGUGGGGAGAAUGACAGAUGGCGGUUCUACUGGAAGAUGGUGUAUGAGUAUGCAGAUGUGAGUAUGCUGCAUUUGCUAGCCACCUUUCUGGAGAGUGCCCCACAACUGGUCCUGCAACUCUGCAUUGUCGUUCAGACUCAUACCUUACAGGCCCUCCAAGGUCUCACUGCUGCGGCCUCCCUCGUGUCCUUGGCUUGGGCCUUGGCCUCAUACCAGAAAGCCCUUCGGGACUCCCGUGAUGACAAGAAACCCAUCAGCUACAUGGCCGUCAUCAUCCAAUUUUGCUGGCAUUUCUUCACCAUUGCCGCCAGGGUCAUCACCUUUGCCCUCUUUGCCUCUGUUUUCCAGCUCUACUUUGGGAUCUAUGUCCUUCACUGGUGCAUCAUGACCUUCUGGAUCGUCCACUGUGAGACAGAAUUCUGCAUCACAAAAUGGGAGGAGAUUGUUUUCGACAUGGUGGUUGGGAUCAUCUAUAUCUUUAGCUGGUUCAAUGUGAAGGAAGGCAGGACACGUUGCCGUCUCUUCAUUUACUAUUUUGUGAUUCUUUUGGAAAAUACUGCCUUGAGUGCCCUCUGGUACCUAUACAAGGCUCCCCAAAUUGCAGAUGCAUUUGCCAUACCAGCACUGUGUGUGGUAUUCAGCAGCUUUUUAACAGGCAUUGUUUUUAUGCUAAUGUAUUAUGCCUUCUUUCACCCCAAUGGACCCCGUUUUGGGCAGUCACCAAGCUGUGCUUGUGAGGACCCAGUAGCAGCCUUCACUCUGCCCACAGAAGUGGCCACAAGCACUCUAAGGUCCAUUUCCAAUAACCGCAGUGUUGCCAGUGACCGGGAUCAGAAGUUUGCAGAGCGGGAUGGGUGUGUGCCUGUCUUUCAGGUGAGACCAACUGCCCCUUCCACCCCAUCCUCCCGACCACCAAGGAUUGAAGAGUCAGUCAUUAAAAUUGACCUGUUCAGGAAUAGAUACCCAGCCUGGGAGAGACACGUGUUGGACAGAAGCCUACGGAAGGCCAUAUUAGCUUUUGAAUGUUCCCCUGCUCCUCCAAGGCUACAGUACAAAGACGAUGCUCUUAUUCAGGAGCGGCUGGAGUACGAAACUACUUUAUAGAAAACUGAAAGUCUUGAAGGAGCCAUGACGUUACAGUCCAGAUUAAGGGUUGACAGCGGGGCUGUGGCAAUAACUAUACUCUAUUGUAGAGUAGAGCAAGGAGUUGUAAAGGUCUUAGUCUGGCUGUCAUCAUGAUUAUCAUUUGAUCCACAGGCUGCAGACUGGUGGCUGUUAUACCAUUUUCAGAAAAGCAGUCCCUGAGAGUCUCAGUUCCUUCAGCUGGGGAGCAGAUCCCCAGCUCUUGACUCCUUAUUCCUAUCAAACUCCUGCACAGAGCUUUCAAUCAAAACUACAGGAAGAGUCUAAUGUGUACAUGCUGCCUCCAACUAAUAGGGCAUUUUAAUGGGUUUACCUGAUCUUUGCAUAAAGACAUAUUCAAUCAUGACCUAUGUAACACACACACAUACAUACAACACACACUAUACACCCACUACACACAUAUACACACACACACACACACACACUCCAAUCUUCUGUCAAAAUGGCUUAGGUAAUUUGUCAAUAUAAAGCUCUGUUUUUCACAGGAACAGAAUGAGAAAAUAUAUUUCCUCAAGACUCCAGAAAAAGAAAUGUUCUUUUUUUUUAAAAUUGGUAAAUAUUUUCUCAUUUGAAAAAAAAAAACAGAACUACCAUGUGUGUCAGCCUAUCAGUGGACAGCAAAUGAAAGUACACUUGAACAAGUUUGAUAUUGAUGGAAUGGUUAGUUUUCUAUGAAAUUCAGGGUUUAUUUUCAUUAAGAUUUUCAGUUGACAGCAUCCUUUUUGACAGAAAUCCUAUGCAGCACAUUUGUGGCUUUCAACAAGACCAAGGAGCUCUAAGAACUUAGUGAUGUAAAUUAAAUGAUAAUCAUGAUUCAGUAUUUAAUUGCAAAAAAAAAAAAGAGUAAGAGAGAGAAUAAAAAGAAGGAAGGCAGGAAAAAAUGGCAAAAUCAAAGCAUGGGUUUUCCAUACUUCUGGAGACCAUGUUUUUGCAUUGUAAGGGGACAAGCAUCUGGAGAUUAAAAUGCCAUAACUUGAAUUUGUUUCAGGACGCAGAAUGCAUGGCUCUGUGUGUGAAUGUAUGCAGGUGCAGUGCGAUGAGAGUAUGACAUGCCAUACCCUUCUAGUGCCAAACAUUGUCGAACUAUGAGAUUGAUACUAAUGCCCAAGGGACAGAACCCGAGUAGCACGAGCCCUACGGAAAGAGGAAGCAAGGAAGAACAAUCAAGUUCUCCACAUGUACAGACAGUUUGGUUUAUCUUUUCCCCCAACCCAAGUUGAAAGUGAUGUGUCUUUUAGAGGCUUUGGGCCACUCAUUAGUAAGUAUGAGCAGACAAAACCAAUGAAAUAAGUGAUGGGAAAAGCCCUUUCGAACUUCUGGAAGGCUUGUCUCUUUAUCUAGCUAAUAAUAUGUUUGAAUUGUUUGUACAAAAAAAUAAGAUUCCGGGUUUUAAAUACCUCCCUACAGCAAGUAAAUGUUCUCCUUUUUUUCUGUUGGAAAUGUCCUCCCUCAUGGUGCUUUUGGUUGCAUUAAAGGUGCAGGUCAAAUUUUAAUAGUAUUUUUUUUUAUAGCUGGUGCAGAGUGGAAUAACUCAUGGAUUAUUUCGAUAUUUUUGUAAUGAAAAAUGUAUGUUACAUAUAGAAGAUGUUUCCUUUUUAUA